GUCUUAUAUACCUGCACCGUGAUUUUGACAUUCAAUAACAUAACCUCAAAAUUUUAACAAGAUAUUUGCUUUUGUCGUAAUGACAGAUGUUAUAACUUUAGCUUAUUAUUUAAAUAAAACAUGGCUAAAUAUAUUGCUCAAAUAAUAGUUCUCGGGGCACAAGUUGUAGGAAGAGCCUUCGCUAGAGCAUUAAAACAAGAAUUAGCUGCAUCACAGGAAGCAGCUAAAAGAGCUGGUGGUGGUCAACAAGGUGCUAGAAGAGCAGCAGCAAAUGCUUCCACAGGACUGACUUUAGAAGAAGCUAUGCAAAUCCUUAAUAUAGAAAAAUUAGAUCCCGAUAAAGUUAAAAACAACUAUGAACACCUUUUUUCGGUAAACGAUAAGGCAAAAGGAGGGUCCUUCUAUUUACAAUCAAAAAUAGUGAGAGCUAAAGAAAGAAUUGAUACGGAAUUUAAACAAAGUCAGAAUAAAUCCAACGAUGCCUCAUGAAGAAAUAAAUUAAUAUAUACUCGUUUCCUUUUGUAGAUAAUUGUUAUUUUAAUAAAAUCAAUUAGUUUUAUAAAAUAUUUUAUUACGUAGAAAAUGGACACAAUAGUGACUAGAAUACAUCAGUCUUUAACGCUAUGUAAUAUAAUUAUGUAAAAUAGUUAGAGCAUUACAUAAAAUGCAUAAGCAGAUACAUAAUAGCUUAAAACAAUUAUUUAAGCAUGAUAUGAUUAUCAAUAAAUCCUAAGCAGUAGAAA